GAGUUUUGCUCCAGGUACUAAUAUGUAUAUAUAAUUAAACAACAUUUUAUUAUCUAAAGUUUUAGUAUUUGUCAGAUAGUCAGCUUCAUUAUUUGCAAAAUGAGAACUGGAAUGAUACAGUCGUGUUUUUUGUUGAUUUUGCUAUUUUCAAUGUCCGAACAAUGUGGAUGUCCAGCACAGUAUACACAGCAAGUCGUUUGCGACUCCAAAUUAGUUGUAACAGCUAAAAUUGAAUCGUCCUCAUCUGAUAGAUUCCACACGAACUAUAAAAUAUCUGUGACAAAGUUUCAUCAUGGUAAGAUGGAAUAUGAUAAGUUGUCCGAUAAAAAGACCCUGGAGACACCAAAAUCAAGUGCAGCAUGUGGACCUGUGGUUCUCACUGUAGGAUCAAGUUAUAUUUUAUCAGUUGAUCUGUAUGAUGGGAAAAUGAGCCAUAACUUAUGUGGUCUCCAGGUUGAAGCCAAAGGUGCAAGUCAUGUCUUGUUACAAGGUUUGGCUGGAAAAUAUAAAGAUAAUUGUGGAUGUGAGAUUCCGUAUGCGUUUGAUCCUCCACUAAUAGGCCCACAAACCAGAAACCAUUGUAGAAAUGCACCUCAAGGAUGCUCCUAUCAAAGUCUGUGUAGCAGGAAUGGAUACGGUAGAUGCAAGUGGCAAGGUUGUUAAACAACAAUCAUUAAAAAAGUUUCGUUUAAA